CCCGGGGAGCUUCGCGCUGGCUCGGUGUACCGGCUUUGCUGCAAUAUAAAUAGUAGUGUAAAAUGCAGAGCACAUUCUUUACCGCUCCCCGUCCGCCGAGUGCACACCGUCCGCACUGCCCCGCACCCUCUCCAUACCCCACCGCUGGCCAUUUGCAUGCAUUUUCUGCCUCCAAAGAUGGUUUGUGAGACGGGCAUCCUGGCAGACGAUCCCAGCUCCAUAGCGGCACCCCAAAAGGACCCCCUGAUGGUCUCCCCGGCUCAGAUGUGGCCCCCAUUGCCCGGCACCCCGCUGGCGCCCCCCAGCUCCGGGGCCGAGGAGGGCAUCAAGGAGCAGCUGUAUAUUCGCGAAUUCCGAGCCUCGGACCAGGAGGUGGCCAGGAGGAUAUUCUACGAAGGGAUUAGAGAAAGGAUCCCCAGCUCGGCGUUCAGGGGGUUAAAGUACCAGCCGGUCCUCCAGUGCGUCUAUGCGGUGCUGACAAUAAUAUGCUUUGUUGUGACCAACUCCUUGAUGCUGGCGUGCUGUAUGCCCAUCUUUCUGUUGGGCAUGAGGUACUACUACAGUAGGAAAAUUAUCCUCAAUCACCUGGAGGGUGCUCUACGCACGGACAUGUCUGAUAUUGAGAAAUAUUACAUGAAACAACCAGGUUCUUGCUUCUGGGUGGCGGUCCUGGAUGGCAAAAUCGUUGGAAUAGUGGCAGCAAGAGGCAAUGAAGAAGACAACGUAGUCGAGCUAAGACGGAUGUCUGUAGAUUCCAACUACCGUGGGAAGGGAAUCGCCAAGGCAUUAGGUCGCAAAGUCCUGGAGUUUGCCAUGUUAAACCACUACUCCUCCAUUGUGCUUGGCACUACAGCUGUGAAAAUAGCAGCUCACAAGCUGUAUGAGUCUUUGGGUUUUAAGCAUGUGGGCGUCAUUGAAAACCACUCUGUCCCAGGGAUGACACAUUCAUUACUAGAGAGAAUGUUCUUUCAGCUUCGCUACCACCGCUAUUGUCUACAGCUACGUGAAGAGUAGAAAACAAAUCAACCCCUGCCUAAACCCCUCACCUCAGCUUCCAUUCUUUCUUAAUACAUCACCGCAAUGAUGGCAAAUAGUGUUAUUUGCCUAUCUUCGCCUUCAUUUUCCAAUCAGUUUCUUCCUUCUUAGAGAAUGUACAACAGGCCCUUUCUAGGAAGUUGUAAGAUGGAGGCAGAGUGGACCUCCUUCUCACAAGUCCAGUAUUAACUGUCUAGUUAGGAUGACUCUUCUAUCAGUUUGGUAAAGCCUACUUAGGCAUUGUAUCCACAUAAGCACAGGAACCGGAAUUCUGGCCUGGUGUAAAUAAUGUAUUAAUUUUUUAAUUGUAAAUACUGACAUUUAGGGGGGGAAUAAAGAAUGAAUGCAAUGUAUAAUAGCAGUAGAGUGUACUAUUAGUAGAUCUUCUAGUUAACCUAUUUUCAGGACAAUGUGAAAACCAAUGCUUGGUCCAAUGCAUGAAGAGGAAGUGUCUAUACAUUCACACAGCACUGUCAACGAAGCAUUGGGGCUGCACUUUUGUAGAUGUGUCGACCGUUCUGCCAAACCUCUUAGUGAACGUAGGCACAUCAAUCUUCUGUGACCUUCCCGGAGAUGUCAAACUCUUUCUAAGCCAGCAAACUUCCUGUUACGUCCAAACUGAGCCCAUUUGUAACAUGUCAUGUAGAUAGAGCUUCAAUAUUAUCACAAGGGGACUUGCGGAUUCAGAAAUCACAGUUCUUAAUGUGCGUUGAAGUGUUC